AUGGCGAAGAAGAUCAAUGAACUGCAGAUUGCGGCGGCCGUUAGCGGAACCCUGAACAACGGAGAGCUGGAGGAGCUGCGAGCCAGAAUGGCGCGAUCUGACGAAAAUACAAGACUCCUCAGAUCCCAAGUCCAUAAAGCUCUUAGCGCAGCUCCAGAAAUAGAUCAACUAUGCGACGAUACGGAGAAAACCCCUUUCUCUCAGACGAUCCUCAACACCAAAGUAACUGAUCCGGGAAGGCUCAACAUCCAGAAGUACGACGGAACAGCCGACCCGAGGGAGCAUGUGAACACCUUCCGCAUUAUUUUGAGCCGAGUCGAAUUCCCGACUCCAGAGGUGAAAGACGUCGCAUAG